GGCCCCGCGCGGGUCCGUGGGCCGGCCGGGACGUCUGUCUGUCCAGGGUAUGCUUUUCAGAGCACCCUGGCUUGUGAAGCAUUACCUGGUUAAACUGGAAUCGAAGCAGGACAACGCCAGCCCCUCCUGGUCCAGAAAAGGGCUCUGCCGUGGAACCGGCCCUCGGGAAGCAUGGGAAAGGGCUACAAGGUGGUGGUUUGUGGAAUGGCCUCAGUGGGAAAGACUGCGAUUUUGGAGCAGCUUCUCUAUGGAAAGCACACUGUCGGCUUAGAAGAGGGUGCCACAAUGGAAGAUGUGUAUUUGGCAUCGGUGGAGACAGACCGAGGCGUGAAGGAACAGUUGCGGCUUUAUGACACCAGGGGUCUGCAGGAGGGCGUGGAAUUGCCCAAACACUAUUUCUCUGUGGCUGACGGCUUCGUGCUGGUGUACGCCGUGACCAGCCUUGAGGCGUUCCAGAGAGUCGAGCUGCUCAAAAAGGAGAUCGAUGUCUUCAGGGACAAAAAGGAGGUUGCAGUUAUUGUCUUGGGGAACAAAACUGACCUCCUGGACCAAAGGCAAGUGGAAACAGAAGCAGCACAGCAAUGGGCAAGGGCUGAGAAAGUGAGACUGUGGGAAGUGACUGUGACAGAUCGGAAAACACUGCUUGAACCCUUCACCUUCUUAGCUAGCAAACUGUCCCAGUCCCAGAACAAAUCAACAUUUCCCUUGCCUGGAAGGAAGAGCAAAGGGAAUAACUGUGAAAACUAGACUAGCUUAGCAUUGUCUCCUGCUGCCAGGUCACAGUCUAAGUCCUUUUUGUGCCAUUUGCUCCAUGCAGUUUCACUUAAAGCAAUAAUAUCAUUCAGCAAUAAAAUCAGCAAGCUUAUAGCUAAGAGGUAUCCUUCCUUCUCAUAGACUUGGCUUGGAAAAGCUGCUGGUGGUAAAAGCCUCAAAAAGCACUUUAGGAGAGCAGUUAUUUUGCAGCCAGGGUUAUGGAGGAGGAAGGCAUAGAUGGAUACCUCUCUAGCAGGGGCUUUUACUAUGCCUGGAUACAGCCAUGUUGAGGGACAAAUCAACAAGCUUACCAGUAUAUAAUCCCUCUGCAGAUCUAUAGCCUGUAGUCACAAAAAGUAUUAACUGCAAUAAAGCAUUCCAUUUGGGAAGGUGAUAUAUUUGAAAUGGCAACAGUUCUUUUACCUUGACCUUAAACAGGGCCACAGGGCUUUUUGAUGCUGCAAGAGGCUGAGAUCAGUGUCUUGCUGUAGGAGAAGGAUAUGGAGCAGGAGGAACAAUUACCAGAUUUAGCCACUGAUGUUUUGCUAGUGUCUGGAAGAAAAAAAACCCCAGCAAAAUCAUAAAAAAAACACCCCCCACAUCUUAUGGGAAAUACCCUAACAUGAACCUUGUCAACAAAGUCUAGUAAGCAGUGCUUUCAGGUCAGGAAUUCAUUUGUAGAAACCAGAACAGCUCUUAGAGCUCAUUGAUUGAACAACAACCUAAGGACAACACAGCUGUGGGUUUGUUCCAGUAUGUCCACUACAAAUCCCAUAGGUGUCCCACAUUCCCACAGGUGGUCAUUUUACUGAGAAUUAUACGGAUCGAUUUUGUAUGGAGGAGGUAUUGCUGGGCUCUGCUUAGGGCACGCUCACCUGGCUGCUCAGGCAAGCUGCAGCAAUCCACCCUCCCUAGGCCAGCUAGCAGCUGGCACAAAGCUCUGUAUGGCUCUGCAGGUGGGGCUAAGGAGGGUAGGAGGCUGCCUGCCUUUUUGGGGACAUCCCUGGGCAAACACCCAGCAAUACCCAUACAAAUGGCACCAGUCUCCAUGCGCUGCACAUGGUCUGGCUGCAGGAGCACAACUGCAUGUGCUGUGUUUGACUCAAUGCUGGCAAAUCUGUGUGCUGCAGGAAUCUGCUGUCCCAGGCCAGCCUGGCACUAAACUGAACAAAAGGGGAUAUAUAGAGUGACAGAAUGAGCAAUUUUUCCCAGAGACAGGGGCCAGGUUUUGGCAUCUAAGAACCUCCUGUACUAAUUGAUGCUAGCUUUUCUUUAUAUUUGAAGGCAAGAGUAGGGAGAGAGACUGAAGUACCCAGUUUCUGCAUUUUCCACUAAAUUAAUCCUCUUUUGAACAAAUACUGAGAAUUUCACUGUGAAUCAGCAAAACCACAAGCAUUAUUUGCACUGUCAUAUUGUAACUGCUAAAUAAUGUGCUUAAUGAUCACAAUUAAGCUCAUAGUAUUGCUCUUCCUGAAUACUGAUUAAUAAAGCCUGUCAGCAUUACUAAAGUCUGUCAACAUUAUUAAUGUCAGAGCAGCAGUACACUUCACUAAAAAUUAAACAGGAAUCCCUACCAUUAUAAUGAAGGUAGAUGAAACUGUUUAUGUGCUUUGCUCAAUGUAGUUUGAAUUUCUGUGGCCAAGGAGUAAGAUAAGAGAGCAAUUAUGAAUGAGCAAGCUCAUGUAAUGCCUUGCUAGGAACAUACAAUGUUUCCACACUGCAGCUGAGUAAGCAUGAUAGCAUGACCUCCCCACACCUGGCCAGUAAGAGUCAUUGUCCCCAGCAGGAUGACACUCCCUCCUCACUCAUUUCCUACUGAACACAUGUGUACUCCAGGCUUCUCCCUACCCAGAAGACUCCAUAUCUGCCUGCAUGCUUGGAAGUGGAGGUGACUUCAGAGCAGCAGUGGUUCACUGCCUCACUGCAACUUCUUACCAAGGAAUGGGUCAUGUUCCUCUUCAUCAGCUCUGUGGAACCCCUCUGGAAGGGACUAGAAUCAGCCUUGGAUCAAUCAAAAUAAGUGAAGAUGUCUCCUAACAGCACAUCACUAAAGCUGACCCUUGAGCCAAGGGAGUGCAGGUUGACAAGUCAGAAUGAACUUAAAAUGCCUGGAGAUGGAACGAAUGGGGAUGACUGGUUCCAGUGCAGCUCUGCAUGCUGCAGAGUCGGUGCCAAUUCUUCUGCCAAGACUGAUGUCACCCGUAGGCUGCCAGAACUGUGCAGUGCAAGUGCAGCUUGCUCACUUGCUCCACUGGACUCUCAGGAAUUGAGAGUGUUUUAAGACAGGCAAGAGAAACAGUAUCUUCUAAAUGACUAAGGCCAUUUUUCCAAAUAGGCUUCAUAAAGGCAAACACAUUUUCUUUGAUUUGGCUAAAUGUAGAGUUUAAAUCAUUUGGGGCAUUCAGAUAAAAAAAGAAAAUCACCACCCACUGUUUUCUUUCAUAAACUUACUCUGAUGUUUUUCUAAAUAUCAUAGUGUUUUACUGAGAAGCGAUGGAAAAUCUAGUGUCUCCUCUGCAAAUGAUAUGCACACAGUGGCUGGUACUGAGUAAAAAUGAAACUUGCUGUAGUAGAGUUUUACACAAGGUGAAUAAGCAAAGUACAGAGUAUAAUGUAGUACCUAAUGGCCAGAACAUUUAUUUUGUUCUUCCUGUUCCACUGACUCAAACCCUGUUCUAGGUCACUGGGAUCAUUUACCUUCUGCAAAACCAGAGUCCCUUCACAAGAUAACAGAGAAAACUUAUUAUAAAGAAAAAAAACAAAUUAGUAAACAAAACCAUCUUUCUCUGUUCCUCUAAAGCC